GUUGAAUCAGCCAAGUCAUGCUCAUUUGAAUUGUUCAUUCCGAAAAAAUGUAAUCAAAUUAUUACCCUUUUUUUGUGAAUUUGUAGGAAAAAAAUAUUCAGUUGUAUGUUGUAUGCUUAUUUUUGUAUUUAGAACAAGAAACAUCUCUAUUCAAGCAUGGAAGCAUAAGACUCAUUUCUUUUAACCUCUCUUUUGUUUUAACCUUUAGUUGAAAAAGCUGAGGCUGAGAUUGUCACAAUUGAUUGUGGCUGAUGAGUCACAUUUUGUGGCUCAGUUUUUUUUCUACAUUUUCUAACAUAAUGGUUUGAUACUGUAAUUCACAUUCUUCGACUCAAUAAUUUUUGUGGAAGCCGGGGUAGUCUUUCAUCAACUUUUGCAGCCUGGAAAUCAAGUCAUCCAAACAAUGAAGACUCUCUGUUACAUCAUUGCAGUGACAUUCAUCAAAUUGAUACAAGGACAACCACCAGAAGAACAAGACAUCCUUACCCCUCUGUUCCAUCCUGAAAUCUGUGGCCUGCAGCCAGCAAUACAAACUGACCCUUUCACCAACUAUGUCAAGGAACGAGAAGUUGUCCACCGAGGAGAAUAUCCUUGGGUAGUGUUUCUCGAAGUCGGACAUCCGGAUUGGGGCAUAGGAAAGUUCACAUGCAAGGGAUCAAUUAUCUCCAAACGAUUCGUCCUAACAGCUGCGAGAUGUUUAAUGCCGUAUAGAGAGCUAGUAAAUAGAACAAAUGAAUCAAUUGCUGGCUUGCAUUUAAGCAAUGAAUUCACCGUGGAUCCAAGCAUGUACUUCAGUGUGAACUUCACCAGAUCUCCAAAUGUUGUAGUGAGAGCGGGAGAGACCAAUCUUAAAGACGUAAUUACCAGCUGUGAUGAGAUGAAUUGCCCUCCAAAUGUUUACCUGUCCAAAUCAGUGGUGUGGUACUUUGAUGAUGAGCCACCUGAAGAAGGCCAUGAUGUGGCACUGGUAGAAACAACAAAAGACAUCGUUUUCAAUGAUUACGUGUUACCGAUUUGCCUGCAGCCAUUGGUAGCUGCAUAUAAUCAACUUUACAAGAGAGACUAUCUAGGCGAACGUGGCAUCAGGGUGACUGGCUGGGGUAUACCUUCCUCCAGUGAUCAGUUCUACUUCAAACUCCAGAAAGUGCCAGGACAUAUUUUCACAGAGGAGGAGAUCGUGGAAUUUUAUUACAAAUAUAUGACACUGUCAUUCCGAGACGUGGAAUCGUACGUGUCAUUCUUCGGUGUGGGAGACUUGUCGGACGGACUCUAUCACGACAGCGACAUCGGAGGUCCAUUCAUCAUCAAGAAAAUGUGGGAGUGGGGGAGAACGCGAUACUAUCUGUACGGCGUCUAUUCAUUCAUGGCUAACGUGUCUUUGCCGCCCUAUGAGACCACAUUUGUUUACUCCAGGGUCAGCCACUACCUUGAUUGGAUACUGGAGAAUGUGGAGACUAUUAGUAGAGACUAUUAGGUCAUUGAUCACAGAGGAGGAAAUAAUAGCCUACUAGUACUAGAAAAACUCGAAGGAAAGACUACAACUCCUUUUUACUUUAUGCUGAUUAUACUUUAUUAGUAAUUGAGGGGUAUAAGUUAGAUGCAAAAGUCACACUCUCCACUUUUCAAAAUUUUAGGGCAACCAAAAAACCUGUUCCAUUAUGAUAAAAAAGGAUACUGUUGCAAUUUUUUCUCCAAACAAAGCUUAGAAUCAUAUCAACUACUUGCACACAGCUUCAAUAAGUUGUUGAAUAAAAUAAAACAGGAAUUUAAUUUCAAAAUACUCAAACAGUGAGUUUUGCAGCAAAAUUUGGUUAAAUGUGAACUUUGAAGCAACCUUACACGAUAACAAAAACAAAACCAAAUGAAUGAUAUGAGUAAAACUUCUCUUUAGUUGUUAAUUUCAUCUUAAUUUGCUGUUGUUUAACAGUUCCUAUAUAUUACCAUAUUUGGGAUACUUGGGGGUGUCUGGUCUCGGCCAAUGACAGUAGAGCUCGACGCCAAUUGGUCGAUUGCUAAUGGGUAGUAUCAUAGAGAAACAAUAGCGUAAGUAGAUAUCCCAUGGUAUAGGGAAUUUAUGCCUCAACUUUUACUAUUAUCUCUAGCCGAUUACUGUCGAUUAUUGUCAAUUUUUACUGUUUUGUUGGGGCGAUAGUGUAUGAACGGCACAAUUUGAGAGACUACCAGCGUCACACAGCUGCAUGGGAAAGAACUACGUGAACUAUCGGCUUGGGAUAACAGUAAAAGUUACGACAUAAACGCCCUAUACCAUGGGAUAUCUACUUAUGCUAUCUUUUCUCUAUGGUAGUAUUGUAGGGCUUCAGUCACACUAUAGGCUAGAUACUCUGCUUCUUGACGUUCAAGCUUACAGUUUAUAUAGAUUCAUAUGUUGUAACAGCCGAAACUAGUACCUCAUAUUGUUUCUUCCAAAAAAUAGUUAAUAAUAAAUAUAAUAUAAAAUCAUUUUAUCAGAAAAAACAAUAUGAGGUACUAUUCGGCUGUUACACCAUAGAAACUCCUAAUAAACUGAAAGCUUGAACGUCAAGUAGCAGAAUAUAUCCUAUAGAGUGACUGAAGCCUUCAAUAGCUUUCAGUUUAUUAGGAAUUUAUAUGGUGUAACAGCCGAAACUAGAACCUCAUAUGAUUUUUCCAAUAAAAUAGUUAUUUUGACAAUAUUAGAAG